CCAACGGCACUCUCCCACGAGUUCUGCAGCAGGUCGCUCUGCCCGUCCUCAGUUAUGACACCUGUAGCAGGAAACAAUGGUGGGGCUCUCUCGUGACAGAAAACAUGGUGUGUGCCGGCGAUGCUCAGCACUCUACCUGCCAGGGCGACUCGGGAGGGCCGCUCAACUGUCGGACAGACACGAAGUGGAUGGUCUACGGCAUCACCAGCUUCGGCCCGGAAAUCUGUAACACCUCCAUGAAGCCGUCCGUGUUCACGCGCGUAUCUGCAUUCAAGCGCUGGAUCACCUCCACGACUGACAUCCAGUUUCCCAACGAC